AUGUACCAUCUCCUCAAGGGCCUCCAUGAACACCUUACGAGGAAGGAAGAGUUCUCAGUAAUAAUCAUUGGCCUGGACGGUGCAGGCAAGACGACCCUCCUCGAGAAGAUAAAGACGCUGUACAACGAAACGCCCGGGCUGUCCCCAGACAAAAUCGGGCCUACGGUCGGGCAGAACACUGGGACGAUUGUACUUCCUUCUACGAUACUGCAGUUCUGGGACCUGGGUGGCCAGCGCGGGAUACGCAAUAUCUGGCAUAAGUACUACGGCGACUGCCAUGCCGUCGUGUAUAUUAUCGACGCGGAGGACCGCGAGCGGCUGAGCGAAGGGUGGGAGGUAUUCGAUGGCGUCCUAUCUAACCCCCAGAUCCUCGGCGUCCCCCUCCUCUUGCUUGCGAACAAGCAAGAUUCUCCGCAGAGUCUAUCUGUGGAUGAGAUUCGACACGACUAUGAGGACUGGUACCAGCGCAAGCUUGAGAGUGCGCGAAGAACGCGCUAUGGCGAGGCCGAUAGCAAUACUGAGCUCGCGAUGCGCAGGGAGCGGAUAGCCAGUUUGGAUGUUAUGGGUGUUUCGGCCUUAGAAGGGCCGAUGCCUUCCUCCGUUUUCCCAUUUCGGAGACAUUCCUCGUCGUCCCCGAAGGUCGCGCUGACGCAUCUCUCAGAACUGGUGUGA